CGCGAUUGUUGUUAAACAUGGCGGUCGUUCAAAGAAAAAGGGACGGUGGGCCAAACUUGAAAUUUUACGAAUCGGCAGAAACAAUCACGCAGUUUGACGGCGUGAAGCAAUGGCUCCACAAGAACUGCAAAAAGUACACUCAGGCAGAACCGCCAACGAACAAGGGACUGGCGAGCUUGGCGAUUCAGCUCAUCCAGUUUCAAGAAGAUGCAUUUGGCAAAAGCGUGAGCAAGCCGCCGCUGACACGACUUCCAAUGAAAUGUUUUAUGGACUUUAAGCCUGGAGGUGCACUUUGCCACAUCUUUGCUGCUGUCUACAAGUUCAAGAGCGAGCAGGGAUGGCGCAGGUUUGACUUCCAGUCUCCCUCCCGCAUGGACCGCAACGUGGAGAUGUUUAUGACCGUCGAGAAGACUCUGGUGCAGAACAAGUGCUUGUCUCUUCCCCACAUCUACAUCUCCCCCGAGGUGGAGAAGCAGCUCAUCUCUCGGCUGAAGGACAUCAUCAAGAGGCACCAGGGCACCAUUGCAGAAACUCAAGACGAUGCCAGUCACAUCGUCUACCCUCCCGCGCCCGUGACAGACACCUCUGAAGAAUACGUGCGCUUGGUGAUGAAACGAGACCGGAGUGCUCUCAUCCACUGGUGGUAUUUUCCCGACAGUUUCGACACCUGGGUGGCCGGCCUUGACAUCGACAUGGAGCCAGACUCCCCUCAGACCCAUACUGGGCCUCACGAGGUUAAUGCAAAGUGGCUCAUUGACCUGGAUGAGUACAACGAAUGGAUGAAUGAGGAGGACUAUGAGGUCGAAACAGAUGCCAUGGGCCGAAGGAGGUCUCCCAGGGGAAAGUACACUUUGGAUGAGCUGCUCUCUGGUGAAGGCGAGCGGCGCGACAGGAAAGGCAUCAAGAAACGCAAGAGGUCUCCGUCUCCCCCUUUGGACAAGCGGAAGCGCAAGGGGGGAGGGCGCAGCCCAGCCAUGGGCAAGAAACGAUCUUUCCGCGACGACGAAUCAGACGACUUGACCAAGGACAUGGAAGAGCCCUCUCCUGAGCCCAGUGUUCAGGAAGUCUCGAUUCCCAAAAGCAACCCAAACCAGCGGAGCAGCAAAGACAGCGAACUGCAGCCUGUCAAGGGGGGCACCCUAAUGGAUCUGGAUGGAGCAGAUCUGGACGAGAAAGGUGACAGAGACAAGGGAUCGAGGCCGGGCAGCCCCAACGGAGCUGGAAAGAGCGAGAAGGCAGACGCGCAUGAUGACAAUGUGACGGAACAGGCAAACCACAUCAUCAUCCCCAGCUAUGCUGCAUGGUUCGACUAUAACAGCAUUCAUGCCAUCGAGCGACGGGCCUUGCCAGAGUUCUUCAAUGCCAAGAACAAGUCAAAGACACCAGAAGUGUACAUUGCGUAUCGCAACUUUAUGAUCGACACAUAUCGGUUGAACCCCACCGAGUACCUCACUGUGACUGCUUGCCGGAGGAAUUUGGCUGGCGACGUGUGUGCCAUUAUGAGGGUACAUGCGUUCCUGGAGCAGUGGGGGCUGGUGAACUACCAGGUGGAUGCGGACAGCCGACCGACUCCUAUGGGGCCCCCCUCCACCUCCCACUUCCACGUGCUGGCUGACACCCCCUCUGGACUGCAGCCCCUCAACCCUCCCAGGACUCAGCAGCCUUCAGCAGCGCAGCAGAUGCUGAACCUGGAUAAGGCCAAGGAGGUGGGGACGGACGGAAAGCCGGAGGAGGGUGGGGCGGCCAAGCCGGCCAUCGGGGACAUGCUGGGCCUAAAGAUGGACCAGUACGCCAAGAAGAACGCCUACCUGAAGCACCGGGCGGCGGCCACGGUGUCCCGGGAGUGGACGGAGCAGGAGACGCUGCUGCUCCUCGAGGCCCUGGAGAUGUACAAGGACGACUGGAACAAGGUGUGCGAGCAUGUGGGCAGCCGCACUCAGGACGAGUGCAUCCUGCACUUUUUGCGCCUGCCCAUCGAGGACCCCUACCUUGACGACCCGGCCGCCGGGGGUGGAGCCCUGGGACCCCUGGCGUUUCAGCCCAUUCCGUUUUCCAAGGCUGGCAACCCGAUCAUGUCUACCGUGGCUUUCCUGGCCUCAGUGGUGGACCCCAGGGUCGCUUCGUCUGCAGCCAAGGCUGCCAUGGAGGAGUUUGCCAAGAUCAAGGACGAAGUGCCGUCGGCCCUCUUGGACGCCCAUAUCAAGAACGUGGAAACUGCGGCGGCCGAGGGCAACGUGAAUCCCAAGGCGGGCCUGGGCAUGACCGGCAUUGCCGGCACGGCCGACAAGGAACCCACCGAAGGAGCGACGGCAGCAGCAGUAGCAACGACGGGAGAGGAGUCUGAAAAGGCGGAAGAAGGCAAGGAGGGCACAGAGCCUUCUCUCUCGGCGGAGGUCAAGGUGGAGAAGCCGAGCAGUUCUGAGGAGAACUCUGCGGCGUCCGUCGAGGGAGUGGCCUCGGGCGGAGAGGCAGCUGCGGAGGAGAAGGGCAAGGCGGCCCCGGAGGAAGCCCCCAAGGAGGGCGACCCCGAGGCCAUGGACACGGAGGAGCCCAGGGCUCCCGAAACCGAGAGGGACCGCCUGGUGAAGGACGCGCAACUGUCCACCGCGGCCGCCGCCGCCCUGGGUGCGGCAGCCGUCAAGGCCAAGCACCUGGCAGCGGUGGAAGAGCGCAAGAUCAAGUCACUGGUGGCUUUGCUGGUGGAGACCCAGAUGAAGAAGCUGGAGAUCAAACUGCGCCACUUUGAGGAGCUCGAGGCCAUCAUGGACAGGGAGAGGGAGACGCUGGAGUACCAGCGCCAGCAGCUGAUCCAAGAGCGGCAGCAGUUCCACCUGGAGCAGCUGAGGGCGGCCGAGUUCCGCGCCCGGCAGCAGGCGCACGCCAUGAUGAUGGCCCAGCAGGGGGCGGCGGCCGCUGCGGCCGCCGCCGCCGCACCGCCCGGCUCAGGGGGCCUGCCGCCCCAAGGGGGCGCCGGCGGUGGAGGAGGCCCCAACCCCGAGGACCCAGGUCAGCACCCCCGCGGCCCCUCCUCCCAGCAGCCGCCCUCGCACCGCACGCCGUACAGCUACGGGCCCUCGUACGGGGCCGCGAUCCCCUCUGGCAUGGGGCCUCAGGGCAGGCCCGUGGGGCAGUUCCCCGGCCCCGGGGAAGGGUUCAGGGUCCCCCAUGGGGGCGGGGGCAACCCCGGGGCCUCCCCAGGCAUGCCUCUCUCUUCGUCCUCUGUCGGAUCGCCGGGCAUGCACCCCUCGGGCGCCUAUCGGCAACAUUCUUUUGGGAUGGGACACCCAUACUAAACGAUGCUGUAAGAACGGAUCUAUGCACCGUGGAGCCUUUCGUUUGGUUCACAAAUGGACAAUCUGGCCACCAGAAAGAUUCAGCAUUCUGCUUUGUGCCCAAGAGCUGCUCUAGUCUCGUUUCAUCAGAUUAACAGUGAAGAGAAGCCACCACAAAAGAAGUGACCCCUUUCAAUUGUGUGCAUUUCGUGUUCUACUCGGUGUUGCGUACAACCUACGAGUUCUUCCAGAACCCUAAUUCACUUUAUUGUGUUCUGUGUGCUUGUUUGGACAUGAGAAACAGGACUGUUCCUUUUUCUUUUUUUUUCUUGUGCCUUGAAAUUUUUUUUUAGUCGCUUCAAUGAUGCACAAAACUAUGCUCGGCUCCUCCGAGGUUUUGAAGUAAUUGAACCGAGGUCUGCCAAAUAGGCACAUUCUUGGACAAGAUUUGCCAAGUUUGCAUAAUGAUGGUUGAGUAGUCAUACUGGCACCGUGUAUUGUACAAAGACACCCCCAUUUAGCUUGUUCAUGUCAUGCUCUCCCAGCUGUUGCACAAACUCUCAGUGGGUGUCCGGUGUUAACACCUACCGAGAGUAUACAAAUAACUUGUUUGUAAACUUGCCCUCGUAGAUCUGAAAAAGUCUAAUCUGAGAUUUAUCGUUCGCUGUUCUAGGUGCCUAGGUUUAGCCACUCUUCAAUUUGCAUGGAAUUGAACUUUCGCUGAGUGCAUCUAUGAAAAGAUAUAAAAAGAAAAAAGAUAUAUUUCCUUUUUUCGUUUUUCGUUUUUUUUUUUUUAAAGACCGUUUGAAAAAUUUAGUUAGUUAUAAUGUAUUGUUUGAGGGAAGAUUGCCGGCUGAAGCUCUUUACAUUCGUUUUGUAAAUGUUGUAUAGCCCUCAUAAUGUAAUGCGAGCUGCAUGCUACAGCAUAAGAAUGCUCAUCAUAUUUCCCCAAAAAAGAAAGCAUAUUGAAUAAAGUCGACUCUAUUCUUC